CGGUCACGGAGGGAGGGAGAGAAAAAGACGAAGAAGGCACACACGCGGAGGCCGAGUGCACAAGUGCAGGGCACACACUCUUUCUCAGCGAUGCGGUCCCCUAGCGUUUGGGCGUGAGAGAGAGAGAGCCGAAUUGCUGCCUUGUGCGACGAUGAUGCCGUGACCUGGCCCACUCUCGCGCGUCUCUAAUGAACGCUCCUCACGUGAGACGAACACAACCUCUACCGUGUCCGAAUUUUUGGUGUUCUCUUGGUGCCGUGGAAUAGUUUCUUGCGCUGCAUUGACAGCAGGGAAUCGUAGCUUUGGACGGCAGAAUUUGUUGAAGGCAGUCUUUGGCGAACGAUACGGCGCGUUGGAGAAUUCUCAUCUAUGUCAGGCUUUUACGAAGUUUGAGAUUGGCUUCCAAGUGACAUUGGGAUAGGGUAUAUCUUGCCGCAGAUAAAGUCGAGGAGCUCAGAGACGAAAGUAGUGCAUGACUUCGAAUAUUUCAAAGACAGAAUAGUGCGCAUCGUAUUCUUACCUGGGCAAAGGAGAGGGAGAGCAGACAGAAAUGGAAAUGGCGACCUCCGAGCCUUCGUCUCCGCUGCCACAGCCAGGGUCAUCUGACCAACAGCAGAUUGCCAGCGCUAGCAUUCUUCUGCAAAUUGUGAUGCUCGGUUUGGCCUUUGUCUUAGGUCAUGUACUGCGACGGCACAAGAUUUACUACAUCAAUGAAGCGAGCGCAUCUCUUCUCUUAGGACUUUUUGUUGGUUUUGUUGCGAACGUGUCGAACACUGAGGCACAUUUUAGGCAAUGGUUCAAUUUUCAUGAGGAGUUCUUUUUGUUAUUUUUACUUCCACCAAUUAUUUUUGAAUCCGGCUUCAGCCUGCAACCGAAACCAUUUUUCUCCAACUUUGGGGCUAUUUGUACCUUUGCGAUACUGGGAACUUUCAUUACGUCAAUUGUUACAGGAAUUUUAGUGUACCUUGGUGGAUUGUUCUUUCUAAUGUACAGGUUGCCGUUUCAUGAGAGCAUCAUGUAUGGUGCUCUUAUUUCGGCAACUGAUCCUGUCUCAGUAUUAGCCAUCUUUCAGGAGCUUGGAACAGAUGUAAAUCUCUACGCACUUGUGUUUGGCGAGUCUGUUCUAAAUGACGCGGUCGCUAUUUCACUGUACAGGACCUUGCUGGCUGUUAAAAAUCAUCCUCUGGAAACACAUGGUCUCAUGUCUGCAAUCUGGAGUUUUCUGGAGAUAUUUGUGGGGUCACUUUCAUCAGGAGUUGGUGUAGCAUUAAUAUGUGCAUUGCUCUUCAAGUAUUCAGGGCUAGCGGUGCAUGGCUUACAGAAUCUGGAGUGCUGUCUUGUGGUCCUCUUUCCAUAUUUUUCGUACAUGCUUGCCGAAGGUCUUGGCUUAUCGGGGAUUGUGGCUAUCCUUUUCUGUGGUAUUUUGAUGAAGCAUUACACGUUCCCCAAUCUUUCAGAGGGUGCACAGGCAUUUACAUCAGGAUUCUUUCAGUUGAUCUCAUCGUUGGCUGAAACCUUUGUGUUCAUAUAUAUGGGUAUGGAUAUUGCUAUCAAAUCCCACAGCUGGUCUCAUGUUGGCUUCAUUUUCUUCUCAAUCGUGUUCAUUGUAAUAGCAAGGGCUGCAAAUGUGUUUCCAUGCGCCCGUCUUGUGAACAUGCUACGCCCUGCAUCGCGACAGAUCCCAAUAAAUCAUCAGAAAGCUCUUUGGUUUAGCGGGUUAAGAGGAGCUAUGGCUUUUGCAUUGGCAUUGCAGGCCGUUCAUGACUUGCCAAAUAAUCAUGGUGAAAUCAUUUUCACUGCCACUACGGCGAUUGUCGUUUUGACUGUUCUUGUGAUAGGUGGCUCCACUUCAACUAUGUUGGAAAAAUUGGAGGUUGUGGGCGACGCUCACGGCCAUGAAAGUUUACCUGAAGGUGACGAGGAGGAAAUGGAAGGUCUUACUACCAGUUAUGAUAAUGAGCAUGGGAAUCCCGAUUCCGUCGAUCUCUUAACCCAGAAAUUUCAAGAGUUGCGCAGGAGUACUGCAACGUUUACUGCAAUCGACAAUAAUUUCUUGAAGCCAUUUUUUACCAAGGAAGAUAGGCGCAGGAACUCCACAGACCAAGCUCCUAAUGGACACCGGCAGGCAGACUCCGAGAAGGACUCAUCUCAAACCCAAGGUAGAAGAGGAGGCAUCUCUUCUUUGAACCCUGACAUGGAGCGUGGAAUGCCUGAUUCGUCCCGGUUCUGGUGGCAAAAUUCUGCAAAUGUACAAAAUAGAAUUAACUCGACAACACCUAGAGAAGAUGAAAAUAUUACACGGCAGAGCUCUGUUCCUGCCCAUUUGCAGCCGAAGGAGAUAAAACAACAAUCAAAUGCUGCGAGGAACGAUAGAAAAAACAGGCGACCCUCAUUUUGAUCAAUCAGGUAGUUGAUAUCUAUAUAUAUAUAUAGAGAGAAAGAGAGAGAUACAUAUAGGUAUAGGAUUUGUGUCACAGUUUUGUCCCUUGAAUAUCAAUUAUCUGUAUCUACAAAUAUUCUUGAGCGUUCUCUCUUCUGGUGUAUGUAUGGUGAGUCCUGUUCUCGUGCAGGUAAAUCACGUUGGUAAACCACGAACAGCUGAGCAUUUCGACCAAUUGUCUGUAGCUGAUUAGACAAACAAAGCCAUCCGAGAUGGGUUGGAAUAGUUUAGGCCUUCUAUAUUUGGUUGUUGGGCCCUGCUUGCUUACGAAGGCCAUCGUUACCUGAUCGACAUUACGAAUAGUAAAGUUCAAAAUGGAAAUA